AUGCUGAUUUACCUGGCUCUGCUUGGGACGAUCUGCACCAUAACCUUUCUCUGGCGCCGUAGGCGAAAUUCGAUUGCACACAUUCCUGGUCCUCCGUCUGAUUCAUGGCUGCUAGGGCACUUGCGCCAGCUGGGACUCACACCGACGGGAGAAGUACAGCUCCACUGGCGCCGCACGUACGGCAACGUUGUGCGCUUCAGGGGUCCAUUCGGCCAGGACCGUCUCUUGAUCUCCGACCCGAAGGCUCUUCAGUACAUUUUCAACACGUCUGCAUAUUCGUUCCAGAAGCCGGAGGAUGUAAGGGAGAUUCUCCGUAUUUUCAACGGGCCCGAUCUGGUGUGGUCGGAAGGUGAGGUCCACAAGCGGCAAAGGAAAGCAAUGCUUCCCGCAUUUGGCGGCCCCGAGGCUCGCGCCCUCUUCCCCAUUUUCCAAUCGGUCAUCGAGCGCCUUACUGAUCGAUGGGAAAAAAUCCUGAACAGUACUCCGGAUGCCAAGUCCGCGAACGUAGACAUCAAUCGGUGGCUCAGCCGCGCCACCUUGGACGCAAUUGGAGAAGCUGCCUUUGACUACACCUUCGGCACGCUCGACGAUGUGGAGACGGAGCUUGGAAAGGCUUAUAACAACAUCAUUGCCGACGCUUCAGGAGAUCGCGCUCAUGCCUCAAGAAUCAUAUUUGAUGGCAUCAUAUCAUACAUGCCUCCUUCCUUUAUCUCGUUCCUCUUCGCGAGACUCAAGUCCAAGCGUCUCGUGCGCGUGCGCGAGACCAAGGCGGUUACGAAUCGCGUCGCCAAGAAAUUGAUUGACGCGAAGGCUCAGCAGGUCCAGGCAGGCCACACUGGCAAAGAUGUCCUGAGUCUCCUAGUCAAGGCCAACCUGUCUGAAGCCGCCAAUAGACGUCUGAGUGAGGAAGAACUAUACGCGGAAAUGAGCAUCAUCCUGUUCGCGGGACACGAGACUACUUCCACAUCCCUUACAUGGACUCUCUGGGAGCUAGCACGGAGACCCGAUGUCCAAAAUCGGCUGCGACAUGAAGUCACCGAAGCUUACGCAAGAGUGCGCUCCGAAGGUCAGGAAAAUCUCAGCCUGGGCGAUCUCGAGAAGAUGCCUUAUUUCCAGGCGGUGAUCAAGGAAUCAAUGCGAUACCACCCCGCGGUCUGGCAGAUAGACAGGGUUGCCGUCAAGGAUGUGGUGCUGCCUCUAUCCAAACCUAUCCAAUCCACCACCGGCGAAGUUAUAACCUCACUGUUUUUGCCACGUGGUACUAGGCUUACCGCCGCUAUCGGUGUAUACAACAGGCCAGUCGCCCUCCUGUGGGGAAAGGAUGCCAAUGAAUUCAAUCCUGAGCGAUGGAUGCAAGAGUUCGACUCUGAGAAGGCUAAUAGGAUUUCACUAGGCGUAGUGGGCAAUCUGAUGAACUUCUCCAGCGGAACGCGCUCCUGCAUAGGCUGGCGAUUCGCCAUGGCCGAAAUGCAGGCCUUCCUUGCUGAGCUUAUUAGAACGUUCGAAUAUAGUAUCGAUCCUAAGAAACAGAUACGGAAGGAGGGAGACGGAGUGGUGUUCGCCGUUGUAGUAGGGGAGGAGGACCAAGGGUCUCUGCUACCCCUCCGAAUCUCCAGGGUCGCGCGCGAUUAG